AUGGCCCCUACAGCUAUCUCGCCACCCCCUACAAACAGAACCCCUGCCACCUCCGACAGUCUAGCCAGCUACAAAGGCUAUGACCACGUCCACUGGUACGUUGGCAAUGCCAAACAAGCCGUGACAUAUUACAUCACGCGCAUGGGCUUCCGACGCAUUGCAUACCGCGGCCUGGAGACCGGCAGCCGCGCCAUCUGCUCGCAUGUCAUCCGCAACGGGGACAUCACCUUCAUCCUGACCUCGCCACUGCGGUCUCUGGACCACAUCGACCGCUUCUCGCCCUCAGAACAGGAGGAGCUGAAGGCCAUCCACCAUCACCUCGAGCAGCACGGCGACGGCGUCAAGGACGUCGCGUUCGAGGUAGACUCCGUCGACGCGGUCUUCGGCGCGGCCAUGAACAACGGCGCCAAGGUGGUCUUUCAGCCUCGAGUGCUGGAGGACACCGACGGCGAGAUCAAGAUGGCGCAGAUCCAGACGUAUGGCCAGACGACGCAUACUCUGCUCGAGCGUCAUUCGUACCGCGGCACCUUCCUCCCCGGUUAUAAGACCGUGAACGAGGAGGAUCCGAUCUCGCAUAUGCUGCCGGACGUGGGCUUGAUUCGGGUCGACCAUUGUGUUGGGAACCAGGACUGGGAUGAGAUGGAUAAGGUUUGCGAAUACUAUGAGAAGGCUCUUGGAUUCCAUCGUUUCUGGUCGGUCGAUGAUAAGGAUAUCUGCACAGAUUUCUCCGCGCUCAAGAGUAUCGUGAUGGCUUCGCCCAACGAGGUCGUCAAAAUGCCCAUCAACGAGCCCGCCAAAGGCAAGAAGCAGUCGCAGAUCGAGGAGUAUGUCGACUACUACAACGGUGCUGGUGUGCAGCACAUUGCUCUCCUGACCGAUGAUAUCAUCCGCGACAUCACCAAUCUCAAGGCCCGCGGGGUAGAAUUCAUCAAGGUGCCCGCCACAUAUUACGAGGACAUGAAGAUUCGCCUGAAGAAGGCCGGGCUGGCGCUGCACGAGGACUUCGAGACGAUUCGCAGUUUGGAUAUUCUGAUUGAUUUCGACGAGGGUGGCUACUUGCUGCAGCUGUUCACCAAGCAUUUGAUGGAUCGUCCUACCGUCUUCAUUGAAAUCAUCCAGCGACACAACUUCUCAGGCUUCGGAGCCGGCAACUUCAAGUCGUUGUUCGAGGCGCUCGAGCGAGAGCAGGAGCUUCGUGGGAAUCUGAUCUAG